AUGGGUAAUUACGUUUCUUGCACUCUAGGCACUCCUUUGAUCAAGAACUCCAAGGCCGCAAGGGUUGUCCUUCCUACCGGCGAAGUUAGGCAGUUUCGCCAGCCCGUUAAAGCAGCAGAGCUCAUGCUAGAGUGUCCUAACUUCUUCUUGGUAAACUCUCAAUCUCUUCAUAUUGGUAGGAGGUUCUCUGCUCUUUCUGCUGAUGAGGAGGUCGAGUUUGGUAAUGUUUAUAUCAUGUUCCCCAUGAAGAGAGUGAAUUCUGUUGUCACUGCUGCUGAUAUGGCUGCCCUUUUCAUGGCUGCAAAUUCUGCUGCCAAGCGUAUAUCUGGAGGGAAAAAUAAUGAUAAUAGUAAGGUUAGGGUCUUGCCAGCAACCUGCAGCGAUGCCAGGGCGGAAGAAAAUUCUUUGCAAGGCAGUGAAGAUGGAGAAUCAAGAUUGAGUAGUUCUGAGGAGGAGAUUGAAGGGUUUCCAAUGCCAGAGUUCAACAACAGAUUAUCUGUGUGCAGGUCAAGGAAGCCCAUGUUGGAAACUAUAAAAGAAGAACCAGUUCGUUCAAGAUGA